AUGGAUUUGAAAUCAGUUGUUUUAUUUUAAAAGAUGGAUCCAUUCAUUAAAAGUUAGGGAGCAGAAUUAGUUAAAAAAAUCAAUGCUGAUUAUUAUUUUGAAGUUUCUAAGGCCAAAAGGAGAAACUCCAGAAGUUUGGAUUGUUGA